AUGGGUGAACUAGAUAAAACAAUAAAUCAAUCUGGUGACAAUAGUAUAUUAAACUUUUCAAAAGAAAAUAGUUUAUCAUGGGGAAGAUUAUUAUCAAUCAACCCAGAAUUUCCCCAUGUAGAAAUUCAAGACGAUGAAUGUCUUUUUGGAAGAAAUCCUGCAUGUAAUGUAGUUUUCAACGAUAAAAAGAUCAGCUCAAAACACUGCAGAGUUUAUAAAGAAAAAGAAGAAAGUAGUGUUGAUCACAGAUUUUAUUUAGAAGAUUUUAGUUCAAAUGGUACUUUUGUAAAUAGAAAAAGAGUUGGUAAAGGUAAUAUUGUACCAAUUGUAAAUGGAAAUGAAAUUUCAUUAACCACAAAUAUUGAAUCUACUGAUCCAACAAGAAUUAUAUAUACAUUCCAAGAUUUAGAAAAACUAAGAAGAGAGGAGCAAGAAGAAAAAGAAAAUAGAGAAAGUGGUUAUACUCAAGUCGAUGAUAUUAUGGCUGAUGAAAUUUUAAAUAUGUCACCAAUUAAAAAGACACCAAGCAACUUAGAAAAAGAUUUAGUUAAUAAUAAUAAUAGUGAUAGUAAUAGUAAUAGUAAUGAUAAUACUGAUAGCGAUGUUGAUGUAAAUCAAAAAGAUGAAGAAAUGAAAGAUAAAGAAAUAGGAAAAAAAGAAAAUAAUGAUAAUAAUAAUAAUAACAACAAUAACAAUAACGAUAAUGAUAAUAAAAAUGGUAAUGAUAAUAAUAAUAAUGACCAAUUAAAAACACCAACUAAAACACCAACUACUACUACAACUUUAUCAUCAACACCAACAAAACAACAACAGGAUUUAGAAGAAAGUAUGGGUGAAAAUCUAAUUUGUGGUAUUUGUCAAGAUAUUAUUCACAAAUGUUUAACUCUUAUCCCAUGUAUGCAUAAUUUUUGUGUUUGUUGUUAUGGAGAUUGGAGAGCAAAAUCAACAGAUUGCCCAUCAUGCCGUUUAAAUGUCAAAAGUUAUCAAUCCAAUCAUCUCAUUAACAAUCUUAUAGAAUUAUAUGUAAAAAAAAAUCCUGAAAAGGCUAGAGAUCCCGAAGAACUCAAGUCAAUGGAUGAACGUUGCAAAAUUACCGAUGACAUGUUGAAGAAAGGUUUACUACUUAAAUCAAAAAAGAAGUAUUACGACGACUAUGAUGAAGAUGAUGAAUAUUACAGUGAUGAGGAAGAAGAUUAUGAAGAGGAAGAAGAAAAAUGUGUCCUUUGCCCACCAAACCCUACACAAACUACCUCGGGCUAUACCUGCCCAGCACAAGAUGCUGAGCACUAUAAUUGCUCAAAUUGUUCACAGUUGUUCCCCAAACAAACUCCUGAACCACCUGGUAUUAGAUGCGAUUCAUGUAAAAUAAGAGUAUUUUGUAAUUACUAUAAAACAUGUCCAGUCCCAAAUUUCAACAGAAUGAUAGACUUACCAGUUGCCUUUAUCCCACAUACCACUUUUGGUGGCAAUCAAUUCGAACUUAAAAUUUUAAACGACUAUUUAACAAAAAACAACAAAACUGUCAAUCAACUUUAUAGAGAUGUAUUAACCGAUAUUGACAACAAAAAACUUGUAAUUCCAACCAAUUCAAAUAUUUUAAUGCCAGAUAGCCCAUUAAGUGAUCAAUUCAGAUGUCUUUAUUGUGCACAAGCACUUUUCUCCAAAUUAUUAUUUUAUUACCGUAUGAACAUUCCAAAAGCAGAUCUCCCAGACUAUGCUGUUAGAGACAAUUGUUAUUAUGGCAAAAAUUGCAGAACCCAAUUCUCAAAGUUUGACCACUCAAAGAAAUUAAAUCAUAUUUGCGAACAAACCAAAUUUUAA